AUGAAAAUCUGGAAGGAUGUAUUCACCGGGGACGAAAUGUUCUCCGACACGUACAAGGUGAAGCUGGUGGACGAUGUCAUGUACGAGGUGUACGGAAAGCAUGUCUCCCGCACCAUGGGCGAUGUACAGCUGGAUGGUGCCAACCCGUCCGCUGAGGAGGCCGACGAAGGAACCGAAUCGGCCACCGAAACUGGUGUGGAUAUCGUCCUGAACCAUCGUCUGGUGGAAACUGGAUUUUCCGACAAGAAGCAGUUCACCACCUACCUGAAGGACUACAUGAAGAAGCUUGUUGCCCGGCUUGAGGAGAAAUCCCCUGGCGAGGUGGAAGUCUUCAAAACUAAUAUCAAUAAAGUGAUGAAGGAUCUGCUAGGUCGGUUCAAGGACCUGCAGUUCUUCACCGGUGAAUCGAUGGACUGCGAAGGUCUGAUCGCCAUGUUGGAGUACCGUGAUAUCGAUGGCGAUUCCGUGCCUAUUCUGCUCUGCUUCAAGCACGGUUUGGAGGAAGAGAAGUUCUAA